CCUAGUCGCGGUCGCCAUUUUCUCGGGUAGUCGUCGGUUCACCGUGUUUCCUCGGGUUUGGUGUUUUUCGGUCCGCGAGCACCGCCGAAAAUCCGGCCUCCCCCAGGUUAGGCCACCACAAAUGGCUUGCUUGAACACCCUCAAGCAGGAGAUCAAAACCCUCGAGUCCGUCUUCCCCAAGAGCCAUGAGAGGUUUCAGAUAAUGUCCGCGAGUGUCGACGAGCUCAGCUGCAGGUUCGUCGGUAAAAAUGGGAAGAAGUACGAAAUUCACGCCAAUAUCACAGAAACAUACCCCUCGACUCCACCAGUCUGGUUCGCAGAGUCGGAAGAGACUAGUGUCACGAACGCGGUACAAAUUCUCAGUAACACGACUGGACAAGACAACCACGUGAUCAACCAGGUGGGGAUCCUCUUGAAAGAAUUGUGCCGGCUUCACUCGUUACCGGAACCACCGGAUGUGGAACGGUUGAGAACGUCGUUGUUCCCUCUACGUCUCGGCGGUGCCGCGGCUACGAUGGCCCAGAGAAUGGAAGCCGAAGAUACAGAGGACAUCGACGACGACGAAGAGAGCGAAGCAGAGGAAGACCUCCACUUGGACAUGGACGACGGAGAAGCUAAUGCUAAGAAUAAAGGAGAGGAAAUGGAUUUGGAGCACCUUGCAACUCUGGAAAGGUUGAGACAGAAUCAGAGACAGGACUAUUUAAAAGGUUCGGUCUCUGGUAGCGUUCAAGCGACUGACAGACUGAUGAAAGAGUUGCGUGACAUAUACAGAAGCGAUAGUUUCAAGAAAGGAAUGUAUAGCAUAGAGUUGGUUAACGACAGCCUGUACGAGUGGAACAUCAGGCUAAUGUGCGUGGAUCCUGACUCGCCACUUCACAAUGAUCUAGUUCUUUUGAAGGAGAAGGAAGGCAAAGACAGUAUUCUGCUCAACAUGCUUUUCAAGGAACAGUACCCCUUCGAGCCACCAUUCGUCAGGGUGGUUCAUCCCAUAAUCUCCGGCGGAUACGUUCUGGUCGGAGGCGCGAUUUGCAUGGAGUUGCUGACGAGGCAAGGCUGGAGCUCCGCUUACACCGUGGAAGCGGUCAUCAUGCAGAUAUCGGCUACCUUGGUCAAGGGCAAGGCGCGCAUACAAUUCCAAGGAACCGGGGGCAGUGGCAAAGUCUGUGGUGGACAAGGCCAGUACAGUUUGGCGCGCGCGCAACAGUCCUUCAAGUCCCUCGUACAGAUUCACGAGAAGAACGGUUGGUUCACACCGCCAAAGGAAGACGGCUAAUGAAGACGAAGUGUCAGAGAACGACAAUGUGACGCGUGCUUGCGGCUGAGACUUUAAUUCGGUGUGUGCCCAACAAAUAAUUAUUACGAUAAUGAUUUGAUACACGAAACACAACAUUAACUAGGUAACUUUAAGAUACUGAAUUAAUACGCGUACGCAUAAUUCAUCCUUCGAUCGCUGAGAAAUGGCUGUCGCGCUCAAAAGGGAGGAGUCGCAAGGCCUGGCAGAAAGAGAUCGUGUGAAAGAAAGAAAGAAAGAAAGAAAAAAAAAAAAAUCGAACGCGAGAUUUACGGUGACGCGUUCGGCUUUUUUGCGCGCGUGGACUUCGACUUUCGACUGCGGUCGGCGAUCGCCGAUCGAUAUUGCGACGUAUCGGGUACCGCUACCGUUCGAGCCGGGAUCCGUAAUUUCGUAAUCGCGGCGAUCGUUCUUUAAUUAAGCGACGCAAUUGGCCCCCGCGUUACUUCUCAGAGAACACGGAGGAGGCCGAGUCUCGAGGCAGGUAGCUCUUGCGGAGUCACCACGGAAAUCGACGUAUAUAACGGCGGAUUAAUCGUUAAACGAUCCUUCCCAUUCGGUCAUCGCCGAGACGUUUUAUUAGGCAUGCCGCACAGUUCCGUUAUGUAUCUCCUACCGAAGCCCGAGACCUUGCACGAGACGUUUCGCAAAUUUAUUCCGGUAAAUCCGCAGGUGAUAUACGGCUAAGUCGCGGACAAGGAGCUCUGUUUCUUUGAACAGUAAGCCUAAUAGAAUCGUGCCCCGUCCCCUUGAAUUGCCCCCUCUUCGUUAAAUUGUCCGCCGACGUUCUCCUCGACUGUACUACCGAAUAAUAUCAGUGACUUGUAAUUAUCUGUAUAUUCCUCUUGCCUAGCUGUACACGUGAGUUCUUCGGUUUAUCUACAUUUUCUUUUCUUCUCUUUUCCUCUCUCUCUCUCUCGAUCUCUCGACUUUUUAAUUUUCCACGCCGAUUGUUAAAAUACAAUUAUGAUAUAGGUACUUACAAGCAAUAAAGUACGGAGUAACGUAGCCGGUAGGAUUUUUCAGAAUGUACUUUAUCUCUCUCUCUGUCUCUCUUUCUAUUUCUCUCUCGUUCCUCGGUAGAAGGAUCGCUCUCGUGGUUAAUUGUACAUUUCGCUUGCGCGACUUCGCACGCGCCCUCGGUUUCGUUCGAACGGUCGGCUCGUUGUAGAUUUUUUACCGUAGUAAACGAUAUUUUUUUAUGUCUCUCGGGAAACGAGUCGUUUAUAUGUCCGGGCGUUGUAGUGUUAGUGCAAUAAGUGCCGACGCGGUCGGAUUUGUCCCGCUUUAUGAGCUGUUCUCGCGAAUAUCGAGCACGCGUUGGCGGACCCUGAAGGACCACCACGCAUCAACCCUUUUCUUUAAUGGAAACUUUGCCAAAGCUUAAGUUAUCCACCCUCGCCGUUGGCCGAUGGGGUUUUGUCAAGUGUCAGCGCGUUUCAUCGUGUUCGGUUCCCUUUCUAGUUUUAUUUGCAUUUAAUGGUCGCGGGACUCGUUCGUCCGUUUGCGAAUAAUUUCUCUAUUUUCUCUCUUUUUUUUUACCGGUAGAUGUUAUUUAAUAGGAGUCCAUUCAAUGUCGUCGUCGGAAGUUUGAGUGCGCUAAUUGACAAGACACCGCUACGCGAAUUAUGCUAGAAUAGUCCAAACGAGGCUCGUUGCAUAAAGAAGAAGGGUUCUGUGUCCAAGCGUUUCCUUUUAUUCGGUAGAAAGCGACUAGGGAAUCAAGCUCCUUAUUGUAGGAUAUUUUUUUGAAAGGGUUAUGCGUUUAGCUGGGACCCGAUUCUCGAGUUAUUUUUUUUUUUCGCAUGAAAAAUGCUGCACUGUUGCGAGGUCGCGUCAUUGGUUAAUAUUUGAAAGUCGGGUAUGAAAUUGUCAAUUUCGUCGGCGAAUGUUCAUCGCGUGAACUCGGGAAUAGGGUCCCAGGGAAGUAGUUUUCGUGAAAUCGUCAUUCUGGGCCUCUUAAUGAAUUUCGCCGACUCGGAUUACGGCGAGGCAGGUUGAUUUGUAUAAAUUGCAAUUUUCCAAAAUGGCGACUUCCAGGCAAUAUAACGUAUUUAAGGCGGUGUCGUAGGAUCAGGGACAUGCAGGAUCGAGCUGCCGGGAACGCAUCCUCUGCGAAUGUCUCGCCCUUGUGAGGGCGAAAUCUAAAACGAAUGAAAAACGUGAAACGUUCGAUUAGGGUAGUGAUUACGAGCUAGGGUUUUCGGACGAGGUCUUUUUCCUUUUGUUGUCCUCUUCGGUCGGAUCUUAGGGAGGGAAUGACGUUAUAAGUUGUUCGCGAACACUUACUUUCCGACGACUGUCCGUGAGUUGUAAACGAUGCGCGCGCAACUGGUGAGUCUCGAGAGUAAUUGAUGUGAUUGUAAAUUCCUUGUUCAUAGCGGGGUAGAGGCGCGACGGCGAAUCGAGGGGACGAGGACCGAGGGACGAGAUUUCGACGCGUCCACCUCAGGAGGCGACAUUUCCCGCCAGCCCGGGCGGGCGAAGAGAACGGGUGGCGGCGCGAGGAGAGCGAUUGUAAAGGAUAUCCUGUAACGCCUCCUGGUCUUCUCGAGGUCGUUCUCUCUCUCCCGAGGGACGAGGUUCGACGUUUCCCGCCCGGGCGGGCGAAGAGAAUGGGUGGCGGGCCGAAGAGAGCGAUUGUAAAGGACUAAAGCGAUUGUAAAGGAUACCCUGUAACGCCUCCCGGUCUCCUCGAGCCCGAGGCACGGGUCGCCCCGUUCCCCGAUCGGUCGCUGUCUACCCGUACCCACCCUGGAUCUAGAUGUAGGCCUUGUACGCCGUGUUAAGUGUAUGGUACGAUUCCAUUAUUUCUGUCAUCGUUCUGCCCGAACGCGAGCGACCGGGAUUCCUCGGAACUGACUCCCUGAGACGGCGGCCACGUGACUUUGACAGAAUCCCGGCCGCGCGCCACGUGGGUUUGACAGGACACCACGUGGGCGUGACGCCGCAUCGCGAAGCCGCAUCGUAGCAUCACUUUGGACCCGAUUUAAUUGCAACUUAGUUACUAGGAUCAAACCGCGCUGGUGGUAGUAUUUUUGGAUAUUUUCUUCAAACCCGAUAGAGUGUUAAGUACUAGAUAGGACACGCGAUCGGUGGAGGUCGGCAUCGAAACUUCCGAAGUAAUAUCGAUAGCCGUGGUCCGAUUGAUUUAAAUCGUUGCGAUUCAAUCGGGAGGGCUUCUCGCGAAACGGUGCCUGGGAACGAGUAUCUCAUUUUUCCAGGUUUUCUCUUCUUUUUUAAUAAUCUUCACGUGGUCGCCGCGAGACGCGACCAACUCGUUCGCGGACCUCGGUCGCUCGCCUUGCAAAGUCUAUCACAACUCUCCCAUCUAUACACUUAAGUAACUAACCGAUCGACAGCAUCGUCUCUCAUCAUCGAUCUUUAAGCUUAAGGUUACGCCCACGGACGCAGCUCCGUCCCGGGGCAUGCUCUACCAUUAUUGAUUUGACGUUAAAACGAAAUUCUAGCGCAACAUUAUCAUUUCCCCUCCGUCUGCCCCUCCCCCUAUCGGGUUUCGUUAUCCGUCUGUCGUCUCGCUUCAUUCUCUCUCCUGACGUCAUGGACCUUUCUCUCUGGCUCGCUCCCACUUUCUGUGACCUCUGUCUCUCUAUCUUUCUAUCUCGCUCUAGAAUUUCGUAAUAGAUUAUGUUAAUUAUUAUUUAGGAGAACGCUAUGAAACAAAAUAAAGAUUUUAAUAAAAAAGAGCUCCGAGAGUUGUGCGUA